CUGCACAUAAGUUUGCUUCAAUAUUUUCAAAAUUCACCAAAUGAUGGGCAAUGGUAGAUUAGAACAUGUUAGCACUGCAGGAUUGGUGCUUGUAUUGCUGUUGUGUUGGAAUGGGAUAACGAAAGUGAACUCACAGUCAGCGAGAGUUCCAGCAUUGUUUAUUUUUGGAGAUUCAUUGGUUGAUGUUGGAAACAAUAACUUCUUAAACACCAUGGCAAAGGCAAAUUUCUUUCCUUAUGGCAUCGAUUUCAAUGGUGGUGCAACUGGGAGAUUUUCUAAUGGCAGAUCUCUCAUUGACUUCAUUGGACAACUUCUAGAUGUCUCUCCUCCUCCACCUUUUGCAGACCCCUCAUCUGUUGGAUCCAAAAUACUCAAUGGAGUCAACUUUGCAUCAGCUUCUGGUGGCAUUCUUGAUGAAUCUGGACGACACUAUGGUGAUCGGUAUAGCCUUAACCAGCAAGUUAUGAACUUCAAUAGCACAUUGAACAAGUAUAGGGAAAUGAUGAAUGCAAAUGCAUUGAGUCAAUACUUAGCCAAGUCCAUAGUAAUUAUGGUUACUGGAAACAAUGACUACAUUAACAACUACCUUAUGCCUGCAUUGUAUCGCACAAGUUUCAACUAUACUGCCCAGGAGUUUAGAAAUAUUCUCAUUAACAGCUAUACACAACAGAUUCUGGCACUAUAUAACUUGGGUCUCAGGAAGUUCUUCCUAGCAGGAAUUGGACCACUCGGUUGCACCCCUCAUCAAAGAGCCAGAGGAUUGUCCCCACCAGGAAGGUGUGUGGACUUGGUAAAUCAAAUGGUUGGACCCUUCAAUGAGGGGCUUAGAUCAACGGUGGAACAAUUGAACAAAAAUCACCCUGAUGCCAUAUUUACAUAUGGUAACACUUAUCGUAUCAUUGGAGAUAUUCUAAACAACCCUUCUGCCUACUCGCUUAAUGUUGUUGAUAGAGCCUGUUGUGGAAUUGGAAUGUAUCGCGGCCAAAUAUCAUGUCUCCCUAAUCAACUGCCAUGUGCAUUCAGAAGCCGAUAUGUCUUUUGGGAUGCAUUCCACCCAACACAACCUGUAAUAUACAUAUAUGCAUGGAGAGCUGUUAAUGGCCCGCCCGAUGAUUCUUAUCCAAUUAAUAUCAAGCAAAUGGCUCUCCUUUAG